AGAGAGAUAUUUCUCAUGUGAGGCGCGAAGUUUUGGAGGCCCCACCGUGAAGUGACCCGGAGCCGAACCUCUGCUCCAAGCCUCCAACCGCCGCCGAGCAGCCCCGCGAGAUCUUCCCUCACCGCUAUAAAAUCUACCUUCCCCGGCCAUUUGCGCCGGGGAGCUUUCCACUUCACGACCGACCCUACCAGAAAUCGACCCGCCUCGUGGGCCAUCGAUCAAAAGGCUCGAUCACACUAACAGCGAGCCUCUCCUUUUGCAAACUAAGUUGGAUACUAAAGCGCGAGGCGAGCUACUGGUAGCCUGGUGGUAGGCCGCAACGUCCCCGUCCAUUUUUGCGAUCGAGCACCUGUACCUCUGGUGCGUAAUUGCACCACGAGCCGUGGCGGAGUUUGAAGCUUAAGAGGAAGAGGGUGGUGGUGGCCUGGUCUAGUGGUGUCCAUGGGCGUGCACGCAAGGUCAAUGAGCUGGAACAUGGGCCCGCCGGCGCCGGGGAGCGCCGCGGAGGCGCAGCACGCGCUGAGCAGCAGCCACGGGGGGAGCGACGCCAGCUUCGACACCAACAUGGUCAUCAUCCUGGCCGCGCUCCUCUUCGCGCUCCUCUUCGCGCUCGGGCUCAACUCGCUGGCCCGGUGCCUCAUCCGCUGGGCGCGCCGCGCGUCGGCGGGCGAGGACGCCGGCUCCGGCGGGCUCAAGAAGCAAGCGCUCAGGAGUAUGCCCGUCGAGGUGUACGGCGCGUGCGGCGCCGCGGCCGUCGCCGACGUCUGCGCCAUCUGCCUCGGCGAGUUCGCGGACGGCGAGAAGGUGCGCGUCCUGCCGCGCUGCGGCCACGGCUUCCACGUCCGCUGCGUCGACACUUGGCUCGUCUCGCACGACUCGUGCCCCACGUGCCGCGGCUCCGUGCUCGACGGCGCGGCGUCCGGCGCCAAGGCCGCUCCCUCCGCCCCCGCCGCCUCAGGGGGGAGCCGGCGGCCGGAGAGCGAGGCUGCUGUCACGGUGGUCAUUGGAUGACGUGGACAUGCGGGGGCCACGCUGCCACUGGUGGUGGGGGCCACAGGCAACCGAGCUUGCUCCGUGGCCGUGAGAUGUUUUGCGGUGAGAACGGGUGGGCCCACUUGUCUGAUUAGUUGCCUAGGUCGCAGUCUUGUGCUCGGUUUGCACAUUGCAGUUGCCAUGUUUGUAUAUACUGGAACUGGAGUGGUACACCAUUAUCAGCUAGACUUCGAAUAAUUCAGUGUAGUUUGUACAUGUCAGACUUGCCCCAAAGUUUUGGAGCACCGAGCACAGAUCGAUUCACAGACGUACGAUGGUCCUCCGUUUUGCAGGUUCUAUAGAUUUUGAUACUCUUUUUAUUAUUA